AGUUGAAUCGAUUAUUUAGAAAGAGAACGGAUUUUUUUUUAAAUUUAGGAACAAGGAUGUUUUCUGAUGAAACUUAUUGUAUAGCUUGCUACAUCAUGUAUCCUUCUAACCUGUAGAAUUUCCGCAAACAAAAUUUAUUCGAAAAGUGAUUUAAUAAAUUUUGUUAUUAUUUACUGAAUGCAACCGUGACGAAUGAAAACAGAACACAGCUGUUCAGUUCAAGGUUCAAGAAAUUAAUCAAUUACCGGUGAAAAAACAACACAAAAUGUAGAGUAUGUGGUAAAUGCGGUAAUUUGUACACAAACCGUGUAAAGUAAAUUAGGGCAUUGUUAUUAGUAGUGGGAGGGCAUUGAGAAUUACCGCCUCAUCACCUUAAGUUUGCACAUGGCCAAAUCAAAAGGUGACGAGUGCACAACUUUGAAAAAUCGACACAGUUACAAAUUGUGAAUUACGAUUUUGAUCACAACUAUAAAUUGAGUGUCGAAAAAUAUAAGAACGGCAAUAACUUUGAUCCGUCCACAAAAAAGAAAAAAAAACAAUAGUUAAAAUCAAAAUAUCUUUGUAUCACAUUUUUGUUACUUUGUUUGGUGACAUCAGUUUUUUAUAAACUGCAAAUGCACUGCCAUAUAAUGGUCUACGUACGCAUUGUACUUACAACAUUAUUGACUAUCACUUGUCUGCUGGGAGAUAAUUUUGUUGAGCUGACGCAACAUCCUUUAUUAAAAGCAUUGGCCGAUAAUGCUACACACGCUAUAAUUGGUGCAUUAACAGGCAUUGCGUUCGCUGUACAAUUUCACGAGCGUACCAGCAAUUUGCUGGGAUGGUUCCUGAUAUUCACCUGUUUCGCCGUAUCUUCUUUGAUUGAUUUGGAUCACUUUAUAGAAGCGCGUUCAUUGUACUUAGAGGAUGCGACUAAUUUACCACGGCGACCUUUUCUGCAUUGUUCGAGUAUAAUUUUUCUACUACUCAUAUUCUACAUAUGCACAGCGAGUUUAAACUAUUUUAAGACAUCUUUAACCUUUGGAGUGUUGUUUUGCGCUUUUGUCACACAUCAUACCCGUGAUGCCGUGCGUCGUGGUUAUUGGUUUUGCCCGAUUGGACAUACUGGCCGCGUGCCGAAUGUGGCUUACAUUGUGAUAACCGUUUUGACGCCACAUUUGGUGGCAUAUUUACAUGGCAUUUGUCGUAGCGGACCAGUGCAAUACUUCCUGGGUCAGUAUAUCAAGCUGAGCGAUAAUUAUCGUGUUGGAAGUGGCGGCUACCGUUAUAUGAAUGUGUAAUUUUUUUAAAAUUAAUAUUUAAUUGUUAAAA